CCCAAAACAUUACUCUUUUCCACGACCCUGUAAACAAAGACCUAAGAUCAGCCACCAGGCCCACCCUCAUUCCCUUGGGCCUCGGCAGCUUCUCCCUCGACUUGAUCGGUUGAUCCUUUCCCUCUUCUUCUUCUCCGAUUCAGGCUCCUCCCGCCGCCACCCACAUCAUCUUCUCGGCAACGGUGGAAUCAAAGGGGAAACACUCAACCGCCGUACAGAUCCUUCACCCGGACUCUCCCUCUGCCAAAAAAUAAAAAGUUCCAGCGCAGUUUCCUCCAUCUUGGCCUCCGUUCACCAUUUUUCCCUUCCUCUGGGUGCAGACACCCUCCGCCAGCUGUCAAACACCGUUGCUCCCUCUUUUCCCCUCCGCCGCUUACAGCUGGGGAGGGUCAGAAGUUUCCUGGCUGUCUGAAACGGAGGGAAUCAGUCUCCGCGAUUUGGCCGCGGAAUGGUUUGCUCGUUGAUUUCUUUGAGUGGUUUUUCACUGAUUUUGUGUGUUUCAUACUGAAUAAGAGUGUAUAGUGCCUUGUACAGUUCCUAUUUUUGAAUCUUAUUUCCGGUGGCAACUGACGAUCUUAAACCCUAACCCACGUUGAUGAUCCUCAUCAAUUGCCUAUCUCGCCAAAACCAACCUCCACUUUCACUGGCCCUUACGCUCCUCAGACGCCAACUCUCCACCUCCGCCUCAAAACUCCAUGACGUCUAUUGUUUUAAAGCCCCACCCUCCCUCUCUCCAAAUCCUCAAAAGCCUAACCCCGAUGCAAAGACUCCCAAGAAAAAGCGAAAACCCCAGUACCGACCUCCGUCGUCCCUCGAUAACGUUAAGACUGUACACUCCGACUUGCCAUUUGAUUUUCGGUUCAGUUACACGGAGAGUAGCCCGACGGUGAGGCCCAUCGGGUUGCGGGAACCCAAGUAUUCUCCGUUUGGUCCAGGUCGGCUGGACCGGGAAUGGACUGGGGUUUGUGCCCCAGCUGUGGACCCGAAGGUGAAAUCGGUGGAGGGUGUGGAGGAUCCAAAAUUGGAGGAGAAGAGGAGGAAGAUGCGAGAGAGGAUUCAAGGGGCACCUCUUACUCCGGCAGAGAGGAAGAUUCUGGUUGAAAAGUGUCAGAGGAAUAGGACUAAGAGGCAAAUUAAUCUGGGAAGAGAUGGCUUAACUCACAACAUGCUUAAUGACAUUCAUAAUCACUGGAAGCAUGCGGAAGCAGUCAGGAUUAAGUGCCUCGGUGUUCCAACUGUUGAUAUGAAAAAUGUUUGCACUCAGCUUGAGGUAUCUAUUUUACUUCUAAAGUUCUAAUAUAGAGUAUAUAGUGAUGUCAACUCUUGCUAAGCUCUAUUUUUGUUUGUUGAUUAAUAAGAAAUCUUUAAUAUU